AUGGAUUCUCUUGGGAAGAAGCUCAGUAAUUUGGGGCUGCACGAUAUUCGGAACGCUGCGAGAUUUGCGCAAAAUGUUAUAGUGCAAUAUGAGCCAUACCAGAUCGAUAUCAGACGGGCGACGAAUACGGAUUCGUGGGGUCCAACGCCCAAGCAUUUGGCUAAGGUGAUGAGACAUAGGUAUGAGGUGACGAUGUUUCUGAUGACAGAGUACACAUUGAAGCGGUUGGUGGACCAUAUGGCGAAGAGACCGAAGAAUGUGUAUGAGAAGGCUAGGAAGCAGUAUGUGAACUAUGGGAACGAGUGGAGGGUUGUGUUGAAGUGUUUGAUAUUGAUAGAGUACUUUUUGAUGCGUUCUGAGCGGGGCAAGGAGCUGGAGCAGGUGUUGGCAUGUUUGCAGACUCACAAGCACAUUUUGACGAAGGAGACGAUGCAGUACCGUGUGGACUUUAGCAGCGACGGGAAGAUGGAGUUGCACGAGCGUGGGAUCAAGAAGAAGUGCGAGAACAUUAUUCAGUUGAUGGAGGAUUCGAAUUACUUGAAGCGUGAGCGUUCCAAGACGGCUGAGAAUGCGACGAAGAUUGUUUCCGGUUCGAUCGGCUCGCGUCCGGAGUCGCUGUACAACGAUAUUUCCAUCAGCGCGGACUCAAUUGCGGACAGUUCUUCCAGUAUUGACGAUAUGGACGACUUUGAGUACGAGCCGCAACCUAUGGGCCACAGGGAGCGUCGGUCUUCUGCAGUGGACAAGCAAAGGAGACAGAGAAGAGAGAUGUUACGAGAAAGAAUUCGUAACAGCGAGUACCAAAGGAAGGCUGCUACGCAACAGGAACCAGAAGUUGACUUGCUAGACCUUGACGAUGCGCCAGCUCCUUCUAAUAAUAAUAAUUCUAAUACUAAUUCUAAUAAUAAUAAUACUCAUAAUAUGAAUCAUAACAAUGGAAAUAGCAACACUCCACUGGCUGGUUUCGAUGACGAUGAAGACGAUGACGACGAUUUUGGCGAUUUCCAGUCGGAAAAGAGUCCUGUACCUGCAUUGCCACAUUCUUCUUCUUCUGCCGGUGCUGCUGCUGCUGGGCAAGGAUCGUCCUCCAAUAUCAAUGCUAACUCCACCUUGAACGAUUUAUUGGACUUUGGAGGAUCUUCCAACACUACGACUACUCCUGUCAAUGUCAGCAUAAAUUCCAACAACAAUAACGCUAAGCAUGAUGCGUUCGCAGACUUGUUCUCCAUGUCUAAAUCCCAAAUAUGA